AUGACUUCACUUGCGACAAAUCAAAACAGUAGGGACGUUCGCAAAAGAACCUGGGCUGGUACAUUCCCUGAGGAAGUGAGCCGUCUGCACGAUUCGACUAUAUUCAUAACAAGAUGUAUGUACAUCACAUUCAGUCAUAUACUUGCUAGUCGCCGUCUACUUCCAAAAAAUGUGUUUAAGACAAGAGUUAUAGACGGUGACUUGAAGGCCUGUGUCAUGGACACGUCGGAUGUUUUGGGGGCACGACUUGUUCAGAAAUUCAAGGGGAUCAACCACGCUGUAGAACUUCGCUAUCUCCGGGAACUGAUGCUUGUUGUUAGCGCUACGGAGGAGGACGAAAAAGAUGCGAUUGAAAUGUACACAUGGCGAUUACGAUAUGACACCGAUGGAAAUCCUGAAGCUGAACUAAGACAAGCUGAUGGCACUGUUAUGGCAUCGCUUCGGUUUAGAGGAAUGAAGUACUUGAAGAAACAAGUCACUGAACUUCUGGUCAUGAUCAGAACAUUGUGCAGGGGCACACUAAGCCCUCUUCCUAGCGGAGUUUCCGGGACACUGCGUAUAACUUACACUGAUCGAGCUCCACGAGGUUAUCAGGCCCCAGGUUUCUAUCGUUCACCGGAAGAUCCAGUGCUGAGAUCGGAAGCGCAAGAAGUUGAGAUAGGAUCUCUGCAGACUAAACAUCAUGGAGCUUCCGUGGUAGUGCAAAGCAUUUUCAUCGAUGAUGCGUAUGCAGUAGGAUUGAGGCUGAAAGAAACAAUGAAGAUAACCAGUUUGGAUGAUUCUCUGAACGAGUCUCUUGGCGAAGAACAUGGAGCUGGUGACGAAGACAACCGUUCCUCAAUCGACGACACAAUGGAGCGCAUUAGCGAUGGAAUUGCACAGCAGAUAAACGUAGUCGAGAUUCCUCGUAGUGAAGAAGUUUUGGCUCCAGACGGGCCAAGAACUAUCCUUCGUAGCGAUCAGUCAGAUUCGAGUAACUCUUCCAGGACGAGUCUGGUUGAAGUGCGAGGCUCAACCAUACAUAUGAAUGAAUCGGAUACAUCCCCAGAAGAUGCGCCCCCUAAGCGGCCUAGACGUGGUCGUAACGCUGCGGCGAAAGUACAACCUGGGAAACCUAUUGCAGAGCGAGCGAAAAGUCCCAUUCUUGUUUCCGCUGCUCCUCAGAUAGAAACUACCACAACCACGCCAAGUAGCAGAAAAUACGCUAAUGACAGCCACGAUACGCCUCCUGCGAAGAGAACUCCCGGAGAAAUUAAGUGCUCGAAAUUUACUCCGAAAGAGCCACCGACUAGACGGAGGAAAUGUUUACCGGGAAUACCAUCUGCCAUUGCUCUAACCUUCGUUGACCAUGAGAAAGCCUUCGACAGCAUAGAAACGAAUGCAAUACUGUCGGCGCUGAUCAAACAAGGUGUGCACGCAUCCGCCCCUUCACCAUAUCCAUUGGAUAGAGGGUACGACAAGGCGAUACUAUAUGCCGAAGCUGCUCACGCUGCAUUGGAAAAUGGAUAA